AUGGGUGAUGUUGGGGACAGACUCGCAGUCGUGGAACAAAUGUUCAGGCAGUAUGAUGUUGGAUUGAAAGGCGAACUGGAAAUACAUGAACUACAACUGUUACACGAGAGUAUUCGCAUAGGAGGAAUUAGUCUCCCACAGAUCAAAGCAGCGAUGCUAUAUGUCUGUGCAAGUGAUACAUGUGAUCCCAGUGAGCUCUUUGACCUUUUACAAGAAAUGGACCGUAGGUAUUACCUGGUCCAGGACUUCAGAUGGGAGUUUGCAUUGUUAGACAGAGAACAAACCGAUACCAUUACUGAAGACGAGGCCAGGUUUAUGGUUGAAUCUGUCCAUGGAGAUCUGUUCUCUAAAAGACGAUGGGAUAAAUUUGUAAGAAGUAGACCAGUUCCUGGCAGCAAAGUUUCCUUUUCGGAAAUUGAGGUAGAUUUGUGUAACAUUCCGAACAGACAGGAACUCUUAAUGGAGAAAUUAGAAGAAGAAAGAGAAAGAGAAGAGAGAGCAAGGAAACUUCGGGAGAAAAAAGAAGCUGAGGAGAGAGCCAAAGAACUAGCAAGAAAGAAAUUAGAACAGGAGAGAAAACUGCUGGAUGAUGUUGCUAGGAGACAACAACGUGAGGAAGAUAUUAGGAGAAAGCAAGAGGAAGAGAAGAAGAAGAAAGAAAAAGAGGAAUGGUUGAAAAUAAAAGCAGAAGAAGAACGUGGUAUAAGAGAAGCUGAGGAAAGAGAAAGACAGCAGAGAAUCCUGAACGAAAAAAUGCGUGACCGUGGUAUUGAAAUUGAGGAGGUGCAGGAUGCACUGGAGGUGGAAAGGGAGCUGAAAAGACGUGCUGAGGAGUUGGAGGAACAACAGAAGAGGGAAGCUGAAGAAGCCAAGAAUGAAGAAGGAGAUGUUGAGCAAUCAGACUAUGGAAAGUCUGGUUACCUGGAGUGCAAAGAAGAACUUCAGUUGACAACAAAGCUUAUUAUAAAUCUUUUAUCUUCUUUGGACUAA